CAGCACCUGCAAGGAAACAGAGGCGAGGAAAGUUUACUUCCGCCCCCUUUGUUAUUGUCUUAUUCUACAUUCCUACUGCUAGUCAUUUAUUUUUUUUCCUCUUCAUAAACAACCAUGAGGCGCACAAGAAGUUCGAGAAGUAAAAGUCAGAGUGCACAAGAAACCGAAGAGGUCUUGUCAAAAACAGUGUGGCAGUGGAAAGGAGAUAAAGGACAGUGGGAGCCGUACUCGCCUGCAGACUGCGCCUUGUUGGACUCAGCCGUCUCUUCAGGAAACUCUUCUGUCUCUCUGUCUCUGGGCUCCGGGACGAGCUACGAAGUCGACCUGAAGAAGAUGGUGCAGAUUAAUCCAGUCACCAAGUUCAAGAGGAAGAUCCGCUCUCAGGAAGUAAAACCAGAAAGUUUGAAUGAGGCAGGUGAGUUGGGUGUUCAAAUUGGGAUGCCAGCUCAAGUUAAAGAGGAAGAGGAGGAGACGGAAAAGCAACCUGCAGCCAAGAGGAAGAGAGCGCAGAGCAAGAGUCAGACAAAAACUGAAAAAAUACCCACAGAAGAAAUAAAAGAGGUGGUGAGGACGGUGGUCAUGAAGGGAAAAGCUCCAGUGGACCCGGAAUGUAAAGCCAAACUGGGAAAGGCUCAUGUUUACAGUGAAGGAAACGAUGUUUACGACGUGAUGCUAAAUCAGACAAAUCUUCAGUUUAACAACAACAAAUACUACCUGAUCCAGCUGUUGGAAGACGACAGCUCCAAGGUGUACAGUGUUUGGUUGAGAUGGGGCAGAGUGGGGAAAGUGGGUCAGAACAGUCUGACAGCCUGUGGUGGAGACCUGCUGAAAGCCAAAGAUUUCUUCAAGAAAAAAUUUUUAGACAAGACAAAGAACGACUGGGAAUACCGAGCGUGUUUUGAGAAAGAAGCUGGAAAAUAUGACAUGGUGUUCAUGGACUACAGCACGGACAAAAAGGAGGAGAUCCAGACCACUGUGGAUGCUGCACCCAAAAAGAGGACCUCCAAGCUGGAUGUGAAGAUCCAGUCGCUCCUGGAGCUAAUCUGUGACGUCAAAGCCAUGGAGGAGUGUGUGCUGGAGAUGAAGUUUGACAUCCGGAAAGCUCCCCUCGGCAAGCUGACCUCAGAGCAGAUCCGUGCAGGCUACCUGGCACUGAAGAAAAUCGAGGAUUGUCUGAAGAAGAAGGGCAACAAUCGUGAGCUGCUGGAAGCAUGCAACCAGUUCUACACGCGCAUCCCUCAUGACUUUGGGUUGAAAACGCCGCCAAUUAUUCGCACAGAAGAUGAGCUUAAGGAAAAAAUUUCACUUUUGGAGGCCCUGAGUGACAUUCAGAUAGCAGUGAAAAUGGUUCAGUCCAGUGAAAACAGUGACGAACAUCCUCUGGACAGACAGUACUGCUCCCUCCAUUGUCAAAUGCAGCCGCUGGACUCCGGCAGCAACGAGUACACGGUGAUAGAAAAGUAUCUACAGUCCACUCACGCCUCCACCCAUUGUGACUACUCCAUGACUGUCCUUGACAUCUUCUCAGUGGACAGAGAAGGGGAGAGGAACAGCUUUCUUUCAAAUAUGCCCAACAGGACUCUGUUGUGGCACGGUUCCCGCCUGUCUAACUGGGUCGGCAUCCUCAGCCAGGGGCUCCGAGUGGCCCCACCUGAAGCUCCCGUCACUGGUUACAUGUUUGGAAAAGGUAUCUACUUUGCUGACAUGUCAUCAAAGAGUGCCAACUACUGCUUUGCCAAUCAGAACAGCCACGUAGGACUUCUGCUACUCUCUGAGGUCGCUCUGGGAGACUGUAACGAGCUGCUGGAUGCCGACUACGAGGCCAACAACCUUCCUGCGGGGAAACACAGCACCAAGGGCCUCGGACAGACCGGACCGGACCCCAAGAACUCUGUCAAUCUUGAUGGUGUAACCGUGCCCAUGGGGCCUGCAGUGAAAACAGGGAUUGGUAAAAACAGCUGCUACUCCCUCCUGUACAACGAGUUCAUCGUUUACAACCCCGCCCAGACUCGAAUGAGGUACCUGCUGCGGAUCAAGUUCAACUACUCUUCACUGUGGUGAGGCAGCUACAAAGCAGGAAUGGUAUAUAAUGUAAUCAUUCUUCAUGUACAGUUAGAUUCUGGUUCUUCUUAUUGAUGUAAAGCUGCAACAAUUACUCAAUUAAUUGGCAGCUAUUUUGAUAAUCCGUUAAUUGUUAUAAUCAUUUUGAAGCAAAAAUUUUGGGUUUUACAUUUUGGUCCAAAAAAAAGCCACAUUUUUCACUGUUUCCUGACAUUUUUUAGACAAAACGAUUAGUGGAUUAAUCCAAAAAUAAUUAGCAGAUAAAAUAGUUGCAGCUUUACAGUGAUAUCAACAGUGGGGUUUGACAAAUAGAACGUUUAUGCAGCAAACUCAAUUCAUAUGAGAAAAAAACUACUGUGGUUAUCUCUUAAAAUACAAUUGUAAAUCUUCGCUCUUUUUUGAAUAUGUCCAAGUUUUUAUUUUGGUGAAAGAUGAAGAUGGAUCCAUGUGAUCAGAGAAAAAGCGGCUCAAAAUGUUCCAUUUAUUUUCUUUCAUGUUGCUUUUAUAUCAUAUUCGUCCUUAAAUCGAUGUAAGCUGUAUGGUGUUUAGUUUUCUCUGCUUUGGUGCUUUAUGAAACACAAAUGGCCUUAUGGAUCUUUUGGAUUAUCAGCAUCUGACUUUUAAUGACACAACGUAACGAUGUGGAAGUUCUUCAGGCAGGUUUGACGUGAGCAUUUCUACUGAAUAAUUACCUAAAUUCUAUUGAAUGUGUCUUACCUAUGCCGAAUAACCAGAAACUGAUUGCUUUCAUUUGUUUCAAUUAUUGUUGGGACCCAUUUCUGUAAAGGUGAACAUGCACUGCAAAACAACAAAUGCAGUAGAACCAUUUUUUGUAUACAUUACAUUUGAUAUUGUCUAUUAAAACAGGAGUUACAUUAUAUGCAUGAUAAUAAUAAUAAUAAUAAAGACAUUUUCAUCGUGGAAAUUGUAAUUGCAUGAAUUCUAUUGUGCGUUUUUCAGUUUUUACACUUUAAUAACAAAACAAUUAAGAAAGAAUUCAGAGAAAAUCUGCUCAAAAUGUUGCACAUCUUUUUGUUCAUGCUGCUUUAUAUCACAUUCGUCCUUAAAUCAAUGUAAGCUGUAUUGCGUUCAGUUUGGUCUCUGCUUUGAUGCUGUAUGAAACACAAAUGGCUUUAUGGAUCUUUUUAAUUAUGUCUUAUCAAUGCAGAAAAAAA